UCAAGAAAGUAUAGCAGAGCACAAGAUGAAUAACCUAAUGAACAGUCGUGUUAUUCUAACUUGUUUGCAUCAAGGAAGCAAGCAUAUUGUGAGGAAAUCACAUUAUCCAUUAAAUACUAUUGGUAACAGAGAUAUCGUUGGUUCUGGAUUUAAUAAUACACCUUCAUACAUAGAUCGUACAGAUUUUCCAAUGCCUGCAGUUCGUUUUAAAGCUAAUACUCCUGAUGUCCUGGCUUUAAGAGAAAAAGAAAAAGGAGAUUGGAAAAAACUUUCAAUAGAUGAAAAAAAGGCAUUAUAUCGUGCCAGUUUUUGCUCUACAUUUGCAGAAAUGGAAGCACCUACAGGAGAGUGGAAACUUUGUUUAGGAUAUGCAUUAUUGAUUUCAUGUGCUGCUGUUUGGUAUUAUAUGUUCUAUAAAAUAUAUGUACUCCCACCUCUACCAGCUUCAUUCGAUGAGGAUAAUCAGCUUGCUAUGUUAGACCGAAUAAUAAAACUUGAUAUGAAUCCCAUAACAGGAAUUGCUGCAAAAUAUAAUAAGUAAUAGAUAUGUUAUACUAGGACAAGUAGAUGAAAAUAUAAUUGUACAGUAUCUUAAUAUGAACGUUCCGUGUACAAAUUGUCUGAGGAAGUUCAAAUAAAUACUUUAAGAUUACAA